UGCUCAUUUGUACGGCCAAACGUAAAUGCGCCUCUGAUGUGUGCGACAUUGCCGGUUUAAUAUGUUUGACCUCACGGCGAAUCUACACUGCCUGCAAUUCGAGGCUGGACUGACGGAAGAGGAGAAAAAAAUCAUAUAUCUGCGCUCACGGUCUGCUGCUUUCACGGAGUGUAGCUGUGCACAUGCCUUGUUUUACUGUAAACUGGCCCAUUGCUUCAGGACAAAUAUUUUGAUGCUGAAUGACUUCAGCUCAGACGCGGGAGUACCGCACCAACUGACCGUGGGGAUUAUUGGCGGAGGGCAUUUGGGGAAGCAGCUGGCUCGACUCAUCGUAGAAAGCAGCGGCAUAAAACCUCCCAACAUCAAAGUUUCAUCUAGAAGACCCGAAACGCUCGAAGAUCUGUCUGUGGUGGGCAUAGAAUGUUUCUAUGACAACCAGCGCUUGGCAUCCUGGGCUGACGUGCUGUUUCUGUGCUGCCUGCCGUCCCACCUGCUCCAGGUGUGUGCUGACAUCAGAGCACACCUGUCCCAUUGCUGUGUAGUGUACAGCGUCAUCUCCACAGUCCCUGUCAAGAGAUUGGCUCAGCUGCUUGGCCACACCUCCAUCCUCAGACCAGCCUAUGAGUUUGUGUCAAGUGACGCUGGGUGGGCGUGUCCUCCAGAACAUUCUAUGAUGGCUGCUCUCAAAAAUGUGGAGCUGAUCGCAGCCUCCUGCCCCCUAUCUAUGAGCCGUGGUGUGUGUAUCGGUGAUGAAUGGCUGCCAGCAGUGCUGUACUCCCUGCUGAACAUGUGCUGUUCUGUGCUGCCACUAGAGGGGGCACUAGAGCUCCUCAACCAGCUGCUGAGGCUUCAGUCUGACUCCGCCCUCUCAGUCCACCACCUCAUCAGCCACUCGUGUGCUUCCUCUCAGUCCCCACUCAGGCCCCUUCUCUGGAUUAGCUUGGCUGACGUCCAGUCCAGAGACACUCCGUUGUCAUGGCACCUGAGGAGAAGCCCUGCUCUAAGGGAACGUCUGUCAACCCUGUACCUCACAACCCUAACACCAGGGGGCAGCAAAGACCAGGACAUCGGUUGCCAAUCAUAAUCAACACCAGCUAAUGGGGUUUUGCUGUUUGAACAUUACAUGUCAUUAAAUUAAUACUAUAUAAUAUAAUGUCCAUUCCUU